UAUUUAAUAGAAUUGAGUGGUAAAGAUCAAUUAACAAAUUAAUGAAAAACAGGAUUUGGGUUAUAAAUUAUGCCAGGCCUCCAUAAUGGAUAGUCUAGCUCAAAUCUGAUUUAAUUGCUUACACUAAAAUGCCUGCAUCUGCAAGAAAAGGAUUUACAUACAACUUGCUUCUACUGUCAGCAGCUGCGAUUUGCUUGUGCUCUACACCAAGCAGAGAGGAAAGAUUCAACACUACCACCAAUGCUGCUAUUAAUAAUAUACACAUUUUGUUGCUAAAUGUCUCGGACAAGAACUGUCAAACUGACAUCAUUACUUCAGCAGCAAUAGAUGCCGUGGACUCCCUAAAUUCAUUGUUAAUUUUCCCAGACUUUGUAAUUAGUGCCACCACUCUACCAAAUGUGUGUAAGCUGGAGAAGUACGCCCUUAAAAACAUACUGUUCAAGGAGAUAAUUACGAGACCAAAUGCAUUAGCGAUAAUAGGGCCUGUUUGCAGCACUAUCUCAAACGCUAUCACUGAUGUAUCAGGGCUCUUCAACAUCCCUCUGGUUUCCUUAGCCCCAGCAGUCCCACGUGUAAACAGCUACUUGAUUACAGUUUUGCCAUCAGUAAUCUCCUUGAUGGACGGAGUGGCUACUUUGGUAAAAGCAUUCCCUGAGUGGAAAAGAGUAGCGAUCAUCUCACAGGAUGAUAGCCUAUACAGGACAUCAGCAACACACUUGGGAAAUAUGUUACGUAUAAACAACGUUUCUGUUAGUACAAACAUCAUAUCAACCAGUAUCAAUGACAUCAACGUACAAGAACUUGUGUUGAGAUCAGUACGUAUCGUGGUCCUAAACAUGGGCUCUGACUUUACUCGCGCAUUUCUCAUGAAGGCCGCAGUUGCUAUUCAGCAUCCAUAUGUAUGGGUGACACUGGGUUUUUAUGAAAGAUGGUGGCUGUCUCACCAAAAGAGUGGUCAACUACAAACUUUUCUACACAGUCAAGGAGUGCUAUAUAUCAAUAACAUUCUAACACACAGUAACUGCAACAAAAGCAGUCAAUUUAAUAGCACACAUUCAUUCAUCAAACUUUUAAAAACGAGGAGCAAUGAUUCUAUUACCUCUCUGACUUAUGAUUCUGUGAUUAGUCUUUUCCUUGCUAUCAAUUCUACAAUGUACACAAACAAGUCUGAGGUCGUGAAUGACAUUUCAUCAGCUCCUGCGCUAAUAAGAUCAGCAGGACAAAAGUUAAUGUAUGAGAUUCAACAAACCAGAUUCCAUGGUUUUUUGGGGGAUAUCUGUUUCAAGGAUAAUGCACUACCAGCCAAAGCAUUCAAACUCCACCAAUUUAAGGAAGGGCCUAAUGGAACUGUACUGCUAGUGCAAGUGGGCGAGAUCAAGUUAGACAGUGGAGUAACUUUCAUUCAAGGGGAGCAGAAGGAAUCCUUAUGGGUGAACGGUAUUCCUUUGGAUGGCUCGCCAGUUACACAAGAAAAAUACCCGGAGCUAAUUCUUACUGCAGUGACAUACACUUUUGCCAGCUGCAACAUUUUGAUUGCAGUGCUCGGUAUUCUAUUCAUGUUGGCUUUUAGAAAUAGAAGGUUGAUACGAUUGUCGAGCCCAAACUUGAACUAUCUGGUUGGAGUCGGAGUUAUCAUUUUUAACUCAUCAGUUUUCCUAUUUGUGUACCCUCCAAUCCCCAUGUCGGUGAUCAACGUCUUUUGUGGGUUGAGGUCCUGGUUAGUUGCAAUUGGAUAUUCUUUGUGUUUGGGAACAAUCAACACAAAGAUGUGGAGGGUGUACUACAUUUUUCGUUACCCUAAGCUGAAAUCAAGUAAAACGCCAGUAAAAGAUUGGCAUUUGCUUUUAUUUGUGGUCCUGUUUCUACUGAUUGAUGUCAUUCUACUGUCCUUUACUACAUCGUUCACAACAAGCAGGCUUCAAGCAGUCAGCGUUGCUGAUGCUGAGCACAAAGAGGGUGGAAUUAAUGAUGAGGGAAUUGAAAUUCAGUACACAGUUACACUCUGUGAUGCCACAUCAAAGAUAUACUGGAUUGCAAUCCUUUUUGGAUACAAAAUUGUUAUACACCUGACAGCAGUAAUUCUGGCCUUUAAGAUACGGAAAGUACAGGUGAAAGUGCUGAAUGACUCUACAGAAGUUGCUCUUAUUCUCUACUUGACUGGAUUGGUAUUGGCAGCUGUGAUGAUAACAACCUUCACAUUUGGAUCAUAUUUGAAUGUCUACAGUGGCGCAUUCGCUGUGGGCAUAUGCGCCACUAGCGCAGUCAUUCUGGGUGUAGUCUUCAUAUCUAAGGCUAUUGCGUUGCGCAAAGACCCGGAGGGAGAAACGGUAUUCCCACCUACAAAUGAGCCACCUAUUGGUCUAGGUACUUGUGAUGAAAUAAAGGAAAUUGCUACUUUGCAAAGGAAAGUGAAGACACUACAGGCUCAAUUAACAUUCCACAACGAUGCUCACAAUUCUCUCGAAAUUGAGACUGAUGAACAGAAUUAUCCCAACUACACAUCAUAACAAUUACAGUAUGAACAAUUAAGAGUGUUUUAGUUCAAACUUUCAAUAGAACUCAUAUAUACCACACUAACACUGACACUUUAUACAGAAAUCAAAAUGUCUUAAUGGAGAACUACAAACAGAAUUACCUCAAAUUAGUGUCUAUCAGCAGAGCUUCUAAACUCUCGGUACAUUCAGCUCCAAUGUAUGGUUCAUGUAGCCAGCAAGAUAGAUACAUUGUCACAGUGUCUCGACACGACUGCUGGAUAAUGUCGCCCAAUAUUUUUUCCCGUAAGGAAAUCUCCUGACAGUAAGUCUUGUAUACCACCUCAAAGUGGGAACC